CCGAGCACGACAUGCAGAACGAAGCGGAUUGCUCGAGGUACGUACUAACGAACAAUCUACUCAACUUUGGCGCUGGUGAGGCAGUGUAACCAGGCGCAAUCAAUCGUGAACCACGCACGGUCCAAGACCCCCAAUUAGGCACUUGACGACGAGCUCGACUGAUGGACCUGGUGAGCGUCUUCCGAUUCGGCCCGCCCGUCGUCCGAUGUUCUCGGAACCCACGGAAUCCCGCGUGGAAAUGGAAGAAGACCAGGAGCCAAAAGCAACUUCGCCGGUGGCUGUUGACUGCCCGGGUUACCGGCCAGCUCAGGUCCAGAACGCUCGGUAACCGAGAUCUCUCCCACAUUCUCCACGACUGCUCAAUCUGAUCGCGCGCCACCAUCACGCCAACACACCCGCGAUGCCCCCAUCAUAUACUGAAGAACUUUCACUCGCCCUCCGCGUAAUCCACACCGCAUCUCUGCUCACCAAGUCGGUGCUGAGGACCCUCAAAAACAAUGUCUCCGCCGAAACGAAAGCCGACGACUCGCCCGUCACAAUCGCGGACUUCGCCGCACAGGCUGUCAUUAUUUCCGCCCUGCGCGCUGCGUACCCGUCCGAUUCGUUCAUUGGCGAGGAGAGCGCCGACCAACUGAGGAAGAAUGAGGACCUUGCUGAACGCGUCUGGCAGCUUGUGCAACGCGCAAACGACUUUUCCGCUGCUGGAGAAUCCCGAUCCAGCGACGUGCAGCACGUGCAGCGACUGGGCGAGAACAUGGCAUUAGCGCUCCCCGCAAGCAAGAAUGAAAUGCUCCAUGUCAUUGACCUCGGGACGAGCACGCAGACGGCAGAAGGCCGGGUAUGGGUUCUUGAUCCGGUGGAUGGCACGGCGACGUUCAUGACGGGCAACCAGUAUGCGGUCUGCUUGUGUCUGCUGGUCGACGGCGUGCAGCAGGUAGGGGUAAUAGGGGCUCCGAACCUGGCCUUCGAUACUCGGGGCCUGCUCGGCCAGAGCAGGAUCCACGAAGAGCAGGUCGACGGGCCUGGGUACGGAGUCGUCCUGUCUGCAGUUAGGGGCGAUGGUACCUACAUUCGGGCUAUGCAUGCAUCUGGCCUUGGGGAAGCCCGGCGUACUAGGCAUCAGCAGACAGCUCGUAAGGAGUUGAGCGCUCUAGAUUUCAUCGAGACAACCAUUGGCAAGACGUCGCUGUCGCAGACGGAGCACCAAGACGUCGCCAAUUGCCUCAGCGCCAAAUGGCCAGGCACCUUGCUCUGGUCUCAACAGAUGAAGUACGUUGCCCUCGCUCUCGGUGCUACAGACGUCAUGGUGCGACUGCCCAAAGGUAAGGACAGGUACACAUACGUUUGGGAUCACGCCGGAGGACAGCUCCUGUUCCAGGAAGCCGGAGGCAUAGUCAAGGACCUCGACGGCGGAGAUAUCGACUUCGCUCAAGGCCGGAAGAUAGAAGGUUAUAGAAACUUCGGCAUGGUCGCUGCAAUGCCAUGGGCUUUCGACAAGGUGCAUGAAGCUGCAAGGGAGGUGAUGAGCAGGAGGACUCGAUGACGGGAGGGUAGGUAUGCGGUGUAGAGCGAGAACCUAAUAGAAAGUAUGACAGAGCCUCACCGGUCGGUGACGCGGACGCCCCUGCGAUAGACAAAAUGCGGGGUUAUCGAAUGGAUGACCAGAACCCAAAAUAUGCUGCUCAAGGGUCCAUCUGGGGAAGCAAUAUUUGAAUGAGACACGAAGCAUAUUAAGGCA